CAUAGCCGCUUUUAUUUUGAAGUCCUCUGCACCGGAAGUAAUGAUCACGCUCUUUCUAAACUGGGAACCAGAUCGCGUCUCGUGGGUUCUCUCUCUACAUCCAUGGUUCUCUCUCGGUGUUCCUGAGGAAGUGUGUGUGAGCGGCUGAUCCAUCGUCUGUGUGUCUGGAUGAACCUCUGACUUUGUGCUCUUUCUUCUGAAGCCUCUAGUUCGGACUCUAGAAGCUAGCUUAGCAUGCUAGCUGAUAACACGCUAGCAACACAGAGUGAGAGAAACGGGAAGUGGUGAUUUAGUAAACAUGAGUGUUGUGCUGCUCUCGUUGGUGAAGCAGCGACUCACUGCGGCUGCUGAAGACAUAUUUGUUCUGUUUGAAAGAACGAUAGCAGAGUACGAGGAGGAACUGUCUCGUUCAAAACAGGAGAACGAGAGACACCGGAAUCUACUGGACGCUGUUUUACAGCCUCAGCUUCAGAUCCACAGAGCAGACGUCCAGCAGCUGGUGGUGGUUAAAGAAGAGGUUCCCCCUGAGCAGCAGGAGUGGAGCUCCAGUCUGGACCAGGAGGACCCAGAGCCCCCCCCACACAUCAAAGAGGAACAGGAGGAACUCUGGAGCAGUCAGGAGGGAGAGCAGCUUCAAGGGCUGGUGGAGGCUGAUAUCACCAAGUCCACAUUCACUCCUGUCCCUGUGAAGAGUGAAGAUGAUGAAGAGAAACCUCAGUCCUCUCAGCUUCAUCAAAGACAAACUGAACACAUGGAAACAGAAGCUGAUGGAGAGGACUGUGGAGGACCAGAACCAGCCAGGAACUCAGAUCCAGAGAGACAUUUACAACCAGAGACUGAGGACAACCCUGGAAGCUCUUCUGAACCUGAUACUGGAGAUUCGAAGGAGCCCAGAGAACCAGGUUCAAACUCUCAGAAAAAUAAACAAGACAAUGUCAGUGAUUCAAGACGUAGUACAGGAGAGAAACCAUUCAGCUGCUCAGUCUGUGAGAAGUCUUUUAAACAGAGGGGACAUUUAAAGGAACAUAUGAAAAUCCAUACAGGAGAGAAACCAUUCAGCUGCUCAGUCUGUAAGAAAUCAUUUCCAAGGAGAACAAAUUUCCAUAGACAUUUGAGAACACACACAGGAGAGAAACCAUUCAGCUGCGCAGUCUGUGAGAAAGCUUUUGCCCUGAAAGAACCUUUACAACGACACAUGAGAAUCCACACAGGAGAGAAACCAUUCAGCUGCGCAGUCUGUGAGAAAGCUUUUGCUAUGAAAGAACCUUUACAACGACACAUGAGAAUCCACACAGGAGAGAAACCAUUCGGCUGUUCAGUCUGUGAGAAAUCUUUUAAACGGAGAGAAAGUUUAAAGGAACAUAUGCAAAUCCAUACAGGAGAGAAACCAUUCAGCUGCUCAAUCUGUAAUAAAUCCUUUCCAACGAGAGCACAUUUCCAUCGACACUUGAGAAUCCACACAGGAGAGAAACCAUUCAGCUGUACAGUCUGUGAGAAAGCUUUUGCCCUGAAUGCAACUUUACAACGACACAUGACACACCACACAGGAGAGAAACCAUUCAGCUGCAGUGUCUGUGAAAAAAGAUUUACACAGAGCUAUCAGGUCAAAAUCCAUAAGUGUGUUGGUCGUCAGUCCUCACAGCUUCAUCAAACUCAAACUGAAGAGAACAGAGAGGCAGAGCCUCUAGCCAGCAGCUCAGCUGAACACAUGGAAACAGAAGCUGAUGGAGAGGACUGUGGAGGACCAGAACCAGCCAGGAACUCAGAUCCAGAGAGACAUUUACAACCAGAGACUGAGGACAACCCUGGAGGCUCUUCUGAACCUGAGACUGAAGACAGUGAUUAUUGUUAGGUUUAAACUAUUUGGGUAAGUCCCAGUAAGUCGUAUAUAAUGCGAUACCUUGACGUUUUGUGAUGAUAAAUGUUUUGGUCCAAGUAAAGAGAGGACUGUGGAGGACCAGAACUGUCAACAUUUAUAACCAGAGAGCGAGGAGGUUUCCAUAUUGGGAUAUAUAAUUAAAACAAAAGUUAAUAUAAUCAAAUAUAAUUUUGUAGAAUCCACAAUGUAAAAUGCAUGAUGUCACUCUAUACUUAUAUACUAAAUGUACACGGUUUGUUAAACUGACAUGAAAGAGUUUAAGUUCUGAUAUAGUUUAUCACUAAAGGUGUCACUAUUCAGCAGAGGGAAGACACCCUUACUCUCACAGCAGGAGGCCCCUGACUCAAUGGGAUAUUACUGUAAGCUUUAGUUUAGUUUUGAGGCAAGUCUGGACAUGUCCAGUCUCACACCUGGAAGCAAUGACUCUUCUCCACAUACAUGGGUCUGUUGGUGUGUAUUCACUUCUGCUUCUGUUGGUAUGAUAUAAAAGCAGCAGCUGAGAGAGGAAAAAAAGUCUUAGGGUUCUUAACUUGGAAUCUCUCCCUAGAUUUUAUUUACUUGCUGUCAUCAUGAAGACAUUUCUCUGGAGAUGUGCAGGGGGUUUUAACAGAAAGGAAAACAUGUUAACUGGUAAAUUAAUCAUUAAUACCAGAGAGUAAGACAUUGUAUAACUGUCACAUUGU